UUAGUAUAAAUUGCUGAUUUUACGCGAAACACAAUCAUAGCUUGAAUAGCAUUCAACAAAUUCACAAGUGCUAAAACUAAAUUUCAAAGCAACAAUCAUGAAGUGCAUCGCAGCUGUAGUCAUGGUGGCUCUCGCCGUCGUUGCUGAAGCAUCCUACGCCCCGGCGGUCUAUGCUGGUCAUCACGGAUAUGCUGCGGCUCCUGUUGUGACCUACGCCAACAGUUGGGAUCAUGCUCCAGUGGCUGUGGCCUACAAUCACUGGAAUGCUCAUCACGUUCCAGCUGCCGUUGCCUACAGCAGCUGGGAUUCUCACUAUGCUCCCGCUGCCGUAGCCUAUGGUGCUGCUCACUGGAAUAACCAGUGGGACGGUCAUCAUCGCGCCGCCGUUGUUGCCGUUGCUCCGGUCGAACAUUCUGCUUCGUAUGUUGCCGCCAACCGUGGAGCUGUGCAUAAGGCACCACUUCCAGGUCAUGUCGUCAACCAGAAGUCUCUGAAUCUGGCUCCAGCACCAGGGACCUGGUAAUUCAGCUGCUAUGGUAUCGGCAGCACUCGUUUGAAGAAGGUUAACCUUUUGUGAAUAUUGAACAAUAAAUGUCA